ACUAGUUUGCGCAUGCGCAUUAACAAACAUCCGGUUAAAAAAUUUCAAACAUUAUCUCAAAAUUUGUUAGAUUAUUGUGAAUAAGAGGUAUUCAGAUACAUCAUUUUUGAAAUAUAAUGUCUGCAUUGUUUGCCUGUACUAAAUGUCACAGUAGACACCCUUUUGAUGAGCUUUCUUCUGCAGAACAGCUUUGUAAAGAUUGUCGAAAUGCCUUCCCAGUUGUAAAGUGUACGUACUGCCGUGGAGAGUUCCAACAGGAAGAUAAAACAAGUACAAAUCCCAUCUGUAAGAAAUGUGCAUACAACGUGAAGUCCUAUGGAAAGCCAUCUGUGUGUGAGUACUGUAACAUCCUAGCUGCCUUUAUUGGCAACAAGUGUCAGCGUUGUACCAACUCUGAGAAGAAAUGGGGCUCUCCCCAGACAUGUGAACAGUGCAAACAGCAGUGUGCCUUUGAGCGCAAUGAUGACAGCAGGAAUAAGGUAGAUGGUAAGCUGUUAUGCUGGCUCUGUACCCUUGCCUAUAAGAGAGUCCUAGCUAAGGCUAAGCAACAAGAGCAUGAGUCUAAACUAGCAAGAGGAAGUUCACAGGAAAAUGAUGAGAAAUCCAGCUCUGAUAAAGAACAAAGUUCAUCAGGUCACCAUAGCAACAAGCUACAUAGCAACAGCAGCAGCAGUAGCAAGCACCAAAGCAAACAUAGCAGUCAUCACAGGUCUAAGGAUGACGAGAAAUCUGGGGAUGAUCACCACAGAAAGUCUCACAAACACAAGCAUCACAGUGAUCACAGAUCUCAUCACCACCACAGUCAUCACAGCAAAAGGCCUAAGCUGGGGGACAAGUCGGCCAAUGGUUUCACAUCCAAGCUGUCUGAGCCAACACUAGAAGUCCCCACAGACCACAUGGUGGCAAUUACCCAACUCAGGGAGGAAGUUGAACAACUCAAGAAAACAAUACAAGAGAAAGACAGGACGCUUCUUGAGAAAGAUAAAAAGCUGACAGAGAUUAAGGCGCUGAAUUAUGAAAUAGAGAAAGAGUUACGAGGCAAGCUGACAGGACUCAGCAAGUCGACCACUGAUACCAUAGAUCAGUUACAGGUGAAGAAUAGAGCUCUCCAGAAGCAAGUGGUUGCCUUAUCAAAGCAGACAACUACAUCCAAACUGAAGCAGCCCAGUAGUACAACCAACAGUCCAUCCGUCUAACUACUUGCUCAAGCAACAAUCCCCUAAUACAAGCUGCAGGUUCAAUAAUAGCACAUAAAACAGUUCAUCUUCACACACAUGAGGUUCACUCCUUCAUGUUUGUAUAAUAGUAAAGUAUAUGAAUAUAUGAAAUGUAGAAUACAGUAUAUAUUAUACACCUCACAUAUGAAAUAUAUCACAUAUGUUUUUCCAUAUUAUAGGUAUAUUGCAUUAUUCUAAGGUGUAUGAAAGAUAUUUAACUAAAUAAUCCAAUUUGACCACUUUGUCAAUUAAUAUCAUUUGUAUAUGACACAAAGUGUCCAUAAAGUGUCCAUAAAGUGUCUAUAGUCCAUGGUAUGACUCCAGAAUGUGAAGAAUCAAUACCACACUAUAGCGCAAAAAUAUUUGAACCAAUAAUCAAGGAGGUGCAUAUGCUCAAUUUUUUUAAAAUACCAUUUGCUGAAAAAACUUCUGGCAUUCACUCCGAAAUACGUGUUUCAUUUGUUUUAUAUAUUUAUAAGAAGCAGAUCUUUAUAUAUAUACAA